AGAAAAAGAAAAAAUUCACAAAAAAAAAAAAAAGAUGAUUCUCCAGUGCUUCGCGCCACAGCAGUGUUUCCGUGCUCCACAAAGUCUGACCAAUCGCUUCGUAACACGUAAGUCAUCUUCUUCGGAGACCAUCUCUGCAUGUCUUCCUCCAUUAUCAUCCAAAACCAGAAGAGAAGCUUUAUCUCUUUCCUUCAUCUCUGCCACAUGUUCUUCCCUACUACUCCCUGCUUUACUCACUCCAGCUUCUGCCUCCUCCGCCAUAUCCGACUUCUUCGAGCUCCCUAAUUCAGGUGGCGUUAAGGCUUUAGAUCUUCGUCUUGGCUCAGGAGAAGUUCCCUCCAAUGGCGACCAGGUUGCAAUUCAUUACUAUGGAAGAUUGGCAGCUAAACAAGGAUGGCGUUUUGAUUCAACAUAUGAACAUAAAGAUCAAAAUGGUGAACCAAGUCCUUUUGUAUUCAUCCUUGGGUCUGGAAAAGUUAUUUCAGGGAUUGAAGCAGCUGUGAAAUCAAUGAAAAUAGGUGGUAUUCGUAGGGUUAUCAUUCCACCAUCUCAAGGAUAUCAAAGCACAACACAAGAACCUCUACCACCUAAUUUUUUUGACAGGCAGAGAUUGUUCACCACCAUCUUCAAUCCAACUCGUCUCGCCAAUGGAGAAGGCUCUACUCUUGGGACACUCCUAUUCGACAUUGAGUUGGUCAGCCUAAGGCAUCAGUAAAGAUUUAAUGAACUGUAUCGGAUUCAAAUAUAACAAGAAGCUGUUAGUUUUCCCUGUUCCAAGAAUCUGAAACUAACAAAGAAAGCAAAAAUCAUGGUUUCACAAUGAAGUUUCCAUGUGAAGGUAAUUAUUAUUCUUGAUUUCAUAUUUGCCUAAUGUUAAAGUACAUUGAGAUUAUAUAAAACUAGAUCUCAAGGCAAUUUUGAGCUAGAAUUAUGCCUGCUGAACCGGUGUUCCUUACACCAUUGUCCUGUUACGCUAAGCAAAUUCAACAAUGACACCUGGUUUGGUUUUCAUUGAAAAUUUUAUGUACAUUUUAGACAAACAAAUCACUGAUUUUUGAAACUUGAAAGGGAAAUUUUCAGAAGACUAA